GGGGGGGGGGCAUCGGAGAGGAGUAGGCCGCAGGGUGCCCGGGCACCGAGCUCCAGUCCUCGUCGCCAAUAUUAACUUCUCAUAUUGUCGCCUGCACUUUUAAAAAAAAAUAUAUAUUUUGCACCUCCCCCCCCGCCCCCCUCCCCACGGUUACUUUAACCCUUUUAUUGAAUCUGAUUCACAUAUACACGGUUCAACACCCGCUGCCUCUUGCCUAAGAACACCGCUCCCACCCCCCCCCCCCCCAACACUUCUCCCGCUGCCACCAAUUUUCCUGUCGGUGUGGUCGCCAGUUUUUAUUUUAAGAAGAUGUCGGCGGCGGCAGCCGUGGUGACAGCAGCGGAAAAAGUGGAUGGUUUCACCAGGAAAUCCGUGCGGAAAGCGGCCAGGCAGAAGAGGUCGCAGGGAUCGUCGCAGUUCAGGAGUCGGAGCAGCCCGGUCGAGAUCCUGCUUCUUCCGCCCCUCAAAGAUGCUCCAAAUGCUGAACAGCAUGAUCUCUUCUGUCAGAAACUCCAGCAGUGCUGUGUGAUUUUUGAUUUCAUGGACUCUGUUUCUGACCUAAAGAGCAAAGAGGUCAAAAGAGCAACCCUGAAUGAAUUGGUGGAUUUCCUCACCUCAAAUAGAGGUGUACUUCUUGAACAAGCUUAUCCUGAAAUAGUGAAAAUGAUUACCUGUAAUAUCUUCAGAACCCUUCCUCCCAGUGACAAUCCGGAUUUUGAUCCAGAAGAGGAUGAGCCAUCCUUAGAAGCAGCAUGGCCACACAUGCAGCUCGUGUAUGAAUUUUUUCUGCGAUUUCUGGAAUGUCCAGACUUCCAACCUAGUGUUGCAAAAAAGUUCAUCGAUCAGAAAUUUGUACUUCAGCUUUUGGAGUUGUUUGAUAGUGAGGAUCCACGUGAACGGGAUUUUUUGAAAACAGUUCUGCAUCGUAUCUAUGGAAAGUUCCUUGGACUACGGGCGUUCAUCAGGAAACAGAUCAAUAACAUUUUCCUACGUAUUAUUAAUGGGUUUGCACUGCCGUUGAAAGCAGAACAUAAACAAUUUCUUAUGAAGGUGCUCAUUCCCCUCCACACUGCUAAAGGCUUAGCACUAUUUCAUGCACAGUUAGCUUAUUGUGUGGUACAGUUCUUGGAAAAAGAUGCAACUCUUACAGAACCGGUCAUUAGAGGCUUAUUAAAAUUCUGGCCAAAAACUGUAAGUCAAAAAGAGGUCAUGUAUUUGGGUGAAGUAGAAGAAAUCUUGGACGUGAUAGAACCUUCUCAGUUCAAAAAGAUCCAAGAACCUUUAUUCAAGCAAAUAGCUAAAUGUGUGUCAAAUGCACACUUCCAGGUUGCAGAAAGGGCUUUGUAUUUCUGGAAUAAUGAGUACAUUCUUAGUCUGAUUGAAGAUAACUCUGAGAAAAUUCUACCAAUUAUGUUUGGUAGUUUAUACAGAAUCUCCAAGGAACACUGGAACCCAACCAUUGUAGCACUUGUUUACAACGUACUAAAAACAUUAAUGGAGAUGAAUGGAUCAUUGUUCGAUGAACUUACAGCAUCUUACAAGGCUGAAAGGCAGCGUGAAAAGAAAAAAGAACAGGAGCGUGAGGAGCUUUGGAAGAACCUUGAAGAGUUGCAGCUCCAGAGGAGCCAGGUGCUUGCUGGCAGCUUGCAGAUCAAUACCCACAAUGUGGAAAAUGCUCGGAACAGUAAAUCAAGUGCCAAAUGACCAGAAACAACAGUUGGUGUACAGUUGCAAUCUAGGAGUGAUGGAGCAUUUCGUACAUAUUUUGGAAAAUGUGUGGGAAAAAUACAUACACAAGGCAAACCUUCAGCAGUAUACUUCCAAAAAAGACCAGCUUUUUUGAUGAGCUGUAAAUUAUGUUAAAAAGAAAAAAUAUGAACUUUGAACAUUACUGUGUGACCACAUGAUAUUUGUAACUUUGUCUGAUCAUGAAUUUAUUAUGUCACUUUUUAGAAUUCACAGAGAAUAAAUGAAUUUAUCAUUUGUGACCAGAGUGAAAAUAAUUGAGUGGUGAAAUUAUGACUUGAAAAAAAUAAUUUUUUGAUUGUGCUGCACAUAGAAAAUUAGUCAGCUAUUUAAAUAUAGAUUUUUCCUAUUUUAUAUGUGCUUCUCACAAUGCGACAGACCUCGAGUAACAUGAAAGGGAGUGAGUUAUGCAUACACAGAAAACAUUAGAAAUUUGAGCAUAAAAUAUUGUAUGUUUUUUUUCUUCAACUAGUCUUUCUGAUGCUGUGCCAGAGAACCAUUCCAUUCUGUAAACCUAUGGCAGUGUGAAGCUCUUUUGUAAAUGAGACACCUUAUUUGGGGUUUUGAGCAACAUUCAAUAAAGUCUACAUAAUAUUUGUA